AGUUCUGCACCCCACCUUUCUCCUGCUCCAUCAGAGACUGUAUUGUGUUCUCUGUCAGGGUGGUCAUUGGUGGUAGCCAGGCACCAUCUAGUUCUUCUGGUCUCAGGAAAGCAUACUCUUUCUGCCAGCAGUAUUUUGUCUUCCCUAAGAAGAGACCUCCCUCCUCUUUGAAUUGAAGAAAGUCUAGUUUUAUGACUUGGGCCUUCCUGGCUCUCAUUUAGUUUCUCUGCAUUGACAUCAGCCUUUUCAACAUUAGUCUCUGUUGAGCUAGUUUGUUUCAUGAUUUUUACUACCAAAGUAGUUUCUGAAAACUUUGAAUGAAUUUCUCUAUCUAAAAUACCAUUCACCAAGUGCGAAAAAGAGAGCUUUAGAGUGUUGAGACUAUAUAAUUGGUAUAUGUGCUGUCAAAGUGAGCACGAGACUAUAUAAUUGGGAUCGCUAGAUCUGAUAUAGUUGUGGGGAUUCAGGAGUUGGUAAAGUACUACAAAAACUUGACCAGUGAGUGCAUUAUAAAAAUAAUCACAAAUAUUUAUGUAGGGCUCAGUUCUAAACUCUUUAUGAAACUUCAUUUAAUCCUUCAACAAUCCAUUGAGAAGACUUAUAUUUUUUAUUCGUCCGUUUUACAGAUGAAACUGAGAUAACUUAGAAAAGGUUACACAACUAAUGAGUUGUAGAGCUGGGCUUUCAAUCCAGCAGUUGUUGCCCAGUCUAUGCUUUUAAUUUUUUUGGCAGCACAAUAUCCAGAAUGUCUUGCAUUCUUGCCAACAAUAAUUUGCGGUGUUCCAUAUAGACUUUUUUAGCACUCCCUAGGUUACUAAUACAUCAUUUGAAAGCUCUUCAUACAGAUGAAUGACCUGUAACCCAUUCCCCUUCCUGGAGGGAGACCUCUCUAUAAUGGUUUCAUCCCUACCAUAUAUAGUCACUUCUUGUUAUUCGCAGUCGUUGUGUUCUAUAAAGUCACCAUGAAUACUGAAUUCGCGAAUACUGGGCCACUGAUCCUAGGGGAAAGCCAGGGUUAGCUUCCUGCAAGCCUCUGGUCACGUUUUCGUCAGCUAAUCAAUACAUAACUUUGUUUUAUGAGCUUCUGUUUAAAGACACUAUUUGACGUAUGCUGUUUAUUUAUUAAGGAACCCUGGUGGCUCAGUGGUUUAGCACCAAAAGGUCAGCAGUUCAAACCCACCAGCAGCUUGCAAGAGAAAGAUGUGGCAGUCUGCUUCUGUAAACAUUACAACCUUGGAAACUUUAUGGGGCAAUUCUUUUCUGCCCUAUAGGGUCACUGUGAGUUGGAAUCGACUCAACGGCAACAGGUUUUUGGGUUUUGUUGAUUUAUUAACUUUGAACUCUUGGCCAACAGCACUAUAACUCAUGCCUGAUGUGUAUUUUCUCUGUAAGACACAUCACAGCCUUCUUGUGCCCAGGAAACUAGAUAGCACUUCAGUACUACCCUUGGUGGCCAUCGUAAACAGCAAAAUCAACAAAAAACACAAAAAUGUAAAAAAUGUGGCACUAAAUGGACUGCGAAAAAGAUACUUGUUUACAGCAUGAGAGCUGAAACAAGCGGCCUUGUUCAGCCUCAGCCGGGACCGUGUUCUGCAGGUGACUCAAAUUUUUCACUCCUCUUGGCAUGUCGGUAAAUGACCACGAAAGCACUGAGAAUAUUGAUUUGGGGGUUACUAAUAAAUUUUAGUCAGUAGACUAGUUCGUAAAUGUAGUAUUUCUGAAUAAUGAGGACUGAUUGAAAUUUCUCUGUAGGCCGUGUUCAUAACUUCACCAUCUUUUUUUUUUUUCUUUUGCUGUCUUUUCUAUACACAGCUCAGUUAAUUGCCGAUGAGUCUCAUGUUCGCAUUCAGAGAUUACUUAUUCAUUCUUUCCCUGACCCUUCAAAUCUUGUCUGGUUAACACUGAAAAAGUUUGCUCCUGCUUCUGUUUGUGUUUCUGUAGCUACUCAGUGAAAGAGUACUGCAGAUGACACACCUGUGGGAAUGAAAACUUUAAGUUUCAAAGUGAAACCAGACCCCCCCACCAAAAAACAAACAAGAAAACACUUCCGUCAACUUCUGGAAUCUUUAGAAGUUAUUUGGAAUUAUUAAAAUUUCAACAAGACUUUCUAACUGUUUUAUACCUUUCUCUAAUCAAUGUUGGGUCCUGUUUUUUUUAUAAUACCAAUAUUCAGAAUCUAUAAAACAAGAAGUUAUUGUUACUGGGUUUUUAUUUACAAGUAUUACGGUAAUACUUUGUGUAAAUUUUCUUGGCAGGUAUACUUUCAGGUAUGUUUUGGCUUUUGAGACCUAAGGACUUAAACACCUUUUUAUGCUGUUAUUUUGUAGAAGAGUAAAACAACCACCUUAAACUUCUGAAAUACAAAUAACUUGAAAGUUGGAACUUAUGCAUUUCUUACUUUGUGAUGAAAUUGAAAAAUAAGGUUAGCUCUACAGAUAUUUACUUUAUAUAGUUAUUAAUUAUUUAAGGGAAGAAAGAUAAUUUUCUAUAAGAGGUGUUUCAUAUUUUUAAAAUAAUGUAUUUUUGGUGAAAGAUGUUUCAGAUUUUUAAGUAGAAUUGUAUAUGUCUAUGGAUUGUUUAAUCUUAAUGAACAUUUAAUAACAAUGCUUGUUUUGAAACUUUUGUGCGGUGGAACUCACUCAGUAGAACCUUGGAGACAUGGUUGUCCUAGAGGAAACGUAUUAAAAGCAAAAUUUCUGUACUUCUUUUUUUCUCUCAAUCACCGCAAUUAGUUUAUACAUUUUCUACUUUUAUAAGACUAGAAUUAAAGUAAGAUUGGCUUUGCCAACUAAUUAUUUGCAGAAAGUCAGUGGGUAGAGAAUAAAGAGUCUCACUGUAUAGCACUUUAAUGUUUGCUGCUACUUUUAUUUGGAGUUACUCUUUUUGCUAUGCCAUCAAACCAGUCAAGAACGUUCAGUUGAGCUCAUCACUUAGAAAAAAGGCCUAAGGAGUAAGAAUAUCCAGUUUUUAUGUCAAAGUACAUUGCAUUUUACUAGAUUCUGAAUUUCGUUAUGUGUGUCUGCAUGACCCCCAUUUAAUUCUUACAGUAGCUGGCUUUUUUUUUUUUUUUUUUUUUUUGGUACUGUAGAAUAUGUUCUAAUUACCAGCUUUAGCAUGUAAGACUUUUCUAUUAAUCUAAACUAUUUUGUUGUCAGUUGCGGUUGAGUUGUUUUCUGACUCAUGGCGACCCCAUGUGUGUCAGGGUAGAACUGUGCUCUAUAGGGUUUUCAAGGCUGUGACUUUUCAGAAGCAGAUCGCCAGGCCUGUCUUCCAAGACACCUCUGGGUUGGUUCAAACCACCAACCUUUUGGCUAGUGUCUAACACUGAACUGUUUGCACCAAGCAGGGACUCCUUGAUCUAAACUAGCAGGCAUUUUUUUACUGUGGAAUAUGUUCUGUAUAACACUUCGCUAUUAAUUUUGAAGCUCUUGGUACCAGGAAUUAUAGCAUGUAACAGUGAUUUCCCCAAUCUGUGGUCCUUGGUCCAUCUAGGGAAUCCGUGUGUCCACUAAGUGUCUUUACACCAGCAUUGUCUUAUAAACGUCGUCUGUUUUUAAACGUGUGUACAUAUUGUUGUAGUUGAUCAAAUAGUAAUUUUAGUGCUUUUGAAUCUAUUACGGCUUUUUUUUUUCAUUGUGAAUUUUUUUCAAAAGAUUACCUUGGGGAGGGAUGUCUUUGUUUUUUUAUCUUAAUGAAGGGUACUUGUACGUAUGUUUGUAAACUACAUGCUACUAAAUCUUUAGAUAAAAAGUGUUUCAGAAGUCCACAGAACUAGGAGCAGUUGGGGGAAGCAGUUGUAUGAUUGGGGAAGAGAUGUUAGAAUAUUUCAGGUGAGAAGUGAAGUGGGAUACACAGAUGCCAACACACACACACAGGUUAUAUUAACUAAGAAUUAUAUUUAAUCCAACGCUCAAGAACCUAAAGUUUGUGCUUUUUCAUCACCGUUGUGAUCUGAAGGGGAAACAUUCUUCUAGCAAAAUAAACGAGUUACUCCAGAGGAUCCACUGAACAUAGGAUGUUGCCACAAAAUCUACCUCGUGUGUUACUCUCUUUUCCUCAUGAGCUUCACACUUGUAAAUUUGAACAGGAUGUCUGCAGAUCGUGUUGAAGAACUUUGAAGAACGUAAUUAACACGGCAUGACCUAGGAGUGAUUCUAAGCCUAUAUAAUAAGAUACUGAUUCAUUAGUGAAUGUGUCAGUCUUGGUUCUGAAUGCUGCAGAUAACAGCACAUACAGUUUCUCCUUUCUUUAGUUCCAAAGCAUUCGCUUGACCUUCCAACAGUAAGACUGACUUUUCUAAUCUGUUCCGGGAGAUAUUAAUGGAAUACAGUCAUGUCCACUCAAGACGAGAGGCAGAUCAAUACUGAAUAUGCUGUGUCCUUGUUGGAACAGUUGAAACUGUUUUAUGAACAGCAGCUGUUUACUGACAUAGUGUUAAUUGUUGAGGGCACCGAAUUCCCUUGUCAUAAGAUGGUUCUUGCAACAUGUAGCUCUUAUUUCAGGGCCAUGUUCAUGAGUGGACUUAGUGAAAGCAAACAGACACAUGUACACCUGAGGAACGUUGACGCAGCCACCUUACAGAUAAUAAUAACUUACGCAUACACGGGUAACUUGGCAAUAAAUGACAGCACUGUUGAACAGCUUUAUGAAACAGCUUGCUUCUUGCAGGUAGAAGAUGUGUUACAACGUUGUCGAGAAUAUUUAAUUAAAAAAAUAAAUGCAGAGAAUUGUGUGCGGUUGUUGAGUUUUGCCGAUCUCUUCAGUUGUGAAGAAUUAAAACAAAGUGCUAAAAGAAUGGUGGAGCACAAGUUCACGGCUGUGUAUCACCAGGAAGCUUUCAUGCAGUUGUCCCAUGACCUACUGAUAGACAUUCUCAGUAGUGACAAUUUAAAUGUAGAAAAGGAGGAGACAGUUCGUGAAGCUGCUAUGCUGUGGCUAGAGUACAACACGGAAUCAAGAUCACAGUAUUUGUCUUCAGUUCUUAGCCAAAUCAGAAUUGAUGCACUUUCAGAAGUAACACAGAGAGCUUGGUUUCAAGGUCUGCCACCCAAUGACAAGUCUGUGGUGGUUCAAGGUCUGUAUAAAUCCAUGCCGAAGUUUUUCAAACCAAGACUAGGGAUGACUAAAGAGGAGAUGAUGAUUUUCAUUGAAGCAUCUUCAGAAAAUCCUUGUAGUCUCUACUCUUCAGUCUGUUACAGUCCCCAGGCAGAAAAAGUUUACAAGCUGUGCAGCCCACCAGCUGAUUUGCAUAAGGUUGGAACCGUUGUAACUCCUGAUAAUGACAUCUAUAUAGCAGGGGGUCAAGUUCCUCUUAAAAACACAAAAACAAAUCACAGUAAAACAAGCAAACUUCAGACUGCCUUCAGAACUGUGAAUUGCUUUUAUUGGUUUGAUGCACAGCAAAAUACCUGGUUUCCAAAGACGCCGAUGCUUUUUGUCCGUGUAAAACCAUCUUUGGUUUGCUGUGAAGGCUAUAUCUAUGCAAUUGGAGGAGAUAGCGUAGGUGGGGAACUCAACAGGAGGACUGUAGAAAGAUACGACACUGAAAAGGAUGAGUGGACGAUGGUCAGCCCCUUGCCUUGUGCUUGGCAGUGGAGUGCGGCAGUUGUGGUUCAUGACUGCAUUUAUGUGAUGACACUGAAUCUCAUGUACUGUUAUUUUUCAAGGUCUGAUUCAUGGGUAGAAAUGGCCAUGAGACAGACUAGCAGGUCCUUUGCUUCAGCAGCAGCUUUUGGUGAUAAAAUUUUCUAUAUUGGAGGGUUGCAUAUUGCCACCAAUUCUGGCAUAAGACUCCCCUCUGGCACUGUAGAUGGGUCUUCAGUAACUGUGGAAAUUUAUGAUGUGAAUAAGAAUGAGUGGAAAAUGGCAGCCAACAUCCCUGCUAAGAGGUACUCUGACCCCUGUGUAAGAGCUGUUGUAAUCUCCAAUUCUCUGUGUGUGUUUAUGCGAGAAACCCACUUAAAUGAGAGAGCUAAGUAUGUCACCUACCAGUAUGAUCUGGAACUCGACCGGUGGUCCCUGCGGCAGCAUAUAUCUGAACGUGUACUGUGGGACUUGGGGAGAGAUUUUCGAUGCACUGUGGGGAAACUUUAUCCAUCCUGCCUUGAAGAAUCUCCAUGGAAACCACCAACUUACCUUUUUUCACCAGAUGGGACAGAGGAGUUUGAACUGGAUGGAGAAAUGGUUGCACUACCACCUGUAUAGUCGGGAGUUCAGAGAGUGCACGCCUGAUUUAUGUGCUUUGUCAUUUUCUUUGCUAAACAAGAGGCUAUGAAAGGACUAAAUAUGAGUACAUAAAAGUUUAUCUUUGAUAAAUUUUAUUUUUAUGCCCUACUUAAUAUUUGCAUCAGUAUAAUAUAUAUCAGUGAGUCUUACAGAAAGAUAUGCUUCCAUAAUAUGAAAUAGAUUAUCCAAUAAUUGAGAAAUUUUUAUAUGUAUCAUGAGAGUUUAAGAAUCUGGAUUAUCUAACAGAUUGUUAGCCCUGUGUAUGUACAGCUCAAAAAGUUCACUUAUAAAGGUAAUUUCCUGUUCCUAGUGUGGUAUAUGACACUAUGCUGAGGUUAUUUCAGUAUAUGUAUUUCGUUCCUGUGCUUCUGUUCUGAAGUUCUGGAAUAUAGUUUUCUUCAGUGUAAUUAAUUCAGCUGCACUUAACACUAAUGUCCAUGUUGGUAUAGAAAUGCUGUCUAAAUGCUAUACUAUAGUUGAGGAAGAUCUUCCAUUUUACGGUAUUAACAGGGAAAGAAAGCUAUGACUGCAGGACCAGUCUAACUAUACUAUUAGGUGCAUGUGUUCCCUUUUCACUAACUUGUCUGUCUAGAAUACAGGUCUUCCAAUCAGCUGGUCAUUUACCAGGUGUGGACUGAGUUGCUGGGCUUGCAAAAAGAAUUGCUAGCCCCUCAUCGUGCGGGUCUAUGUGGAGCUUUAAUCAGUAAAUGCCUCCACUUUCUGUAUUACAUUAACAUUGGCUCAUGCAUUUAACUACCUGCUGCUGAUGUAUUCUCCAUCUUAAAGAUUUAGAGUGGGUUAACCAGGUCAUUACAUCUUCGUUAAUUUAAUAACAAGCAUUACUGUAGAGUGAUUGUGUAUAGAUAUCUGUUAGUUGUCAGGGUGGGUUUUUUUUUUUAACCUGUUGUGUGUGUGUUUGGGGGGGGUUAGGAUUAGGAAGGUGAACUGUUCAGGAAUUCUCUGCACUAGCUGUGCAGAAGAGCAGAUAACUAGUGCUGCUCUGGCAUUAAUCCCAGGAACCACUAGCAGUAGCGGGGCGCCGCCAAUCUAACAUGAGCACAGGUGCUUCAUGGACAGACAUUACUAGCAUGUUCAACUGCAUAAUGUUCUGGCACUGUUAUUUUGAAUGACAUUAAUUUAUUAAAUAAAUUGUAUAUAUUCAAU